UAUUCUCUCUCUUAGUAUUGAACAGAGAGAAACAAGAAAGACAAGAACCAAAAGAAACACCAAACCGGGAGAGUCAUGGUGUCAACGAGACGAAGUGGAUCUCUCUCUGGUAACAAUAGUAAGAGAUCUUCGUCUUCUGAGGAUAAGCCCCCUUCUCCGAAGCGUCAGAAGGUCGAGAAUGGGGGAGCGGCGGAGAAACCGAUGCCGGUGACGGAUAAUUCCAAGGAAAUGUGCAUUCCGCCGCCGGCGGAUCCCGGAGAAUGCGCGACUGGAGAUGCUCCGAUCUCCGGAGAGGGUUUAAAUGGCGGGAAGACGGAGGCCGCACCAGCUGUGCCCGUGGCGACACCGAUCGCUGAAGGGUCGACGCCUGUUGUUAUGGAGAAGCCGAGGAAUUCAUUCUCUUCUUGGAGUUUAUAUCAUAAACAUAAUCCAAGUUUUGACGCUGCAAUGCCUUGGUGCAGGCUUUUGUCUCAGUCUGGUCAGAAUGCAAAUGUAUCUAUUUGCUUGCCAAACUUCUCUAUUGGAUCAAGUAGAAACUGCAAUUUUCCUUUAAAGGACCAGGUCAUUAGUGCAGUUCUAUGCAAGAUAAAGCAUAUACAGAGCGAAGGCAGUAAUGUGGCCAUGCUAGAAAGCACUGGAAGCAAGGGUUCAGUGCAAGUAAAUGGGUCAAUUGUGAAGAAGACCACAAGUCGUGUGCUUAAGUCGGGUGAUGAGAUCAUCUUUGGUUCGCUGGGGAACCAUGCUUAUAUAUUUCAACACCUCUUGCCUGAAGUUGCAAUUAAAGGUACAGAGGUUCAAAGUAGUGCUGGAAAGUUUUUGCAGCUUGAGAGGAGAACGGGGGAUGCUUCUGCUGUGGCUGGGGCUUCCAUUUUGGCCUCUCUUUCCAGCCUGAGGCAGGAUCUAUCACGUUGGAAAUCUCCAGCUCCUACCACCAGUAAAGGGACUGAGUUGCCUACUCCUGUCGAUCCUGAUGGUACAGAGGUUGAUCUUGAUCAUCUGGAAGAAAAUUCAGCUGUAAAUGUAGAGAAUGAUAAAGCUGCAGAUGUUGGAGCAGCUGGCAAGAAUAUUUCUCUUGAAGGCAACAAGGAUGCUGGAAUAGAGGCAGGCAAUGUAAAACUCUCUGGGGUGAAUGAUUUGCUAAGGCCUUUCUUGAGGAUGUUUGCUCCAUCAACUAGUUGUAAUCUGAAAUUGAGCAAAAGUAUCUGUAAACAGGUAUUGGACGAAAGAAACGAGUGGAGAAGGGAUUCACAGCGAGCAUCAACGGUGGGUAUGUCUCUUAGGUGUGCAGUCUUCAGAGAGGAUAUUCAUGCUGGAAUUCUUGAUGGUGCAAACUUACAAGAGUCAUUCGAAAGUUUUCCAUAUUAUCUAAGUGAGAAUACAAAAAAUGUGCUGAUUGCAGCUUCAUAUAUUCACUUGAAGCACAAAGAACAUGUAAAGUAUACUUCAGAUUUAACUACUGUGAACCCACGGAUCUUGCUUUCUGGUCCUGCAGGGUCUGAAAUCUAUCAGGAGAUGUUGGCAAAGGCACUUGCACAAUAUUUUGGGGCUAAAUUGCUAAUAUUUGAUAGUCAUUCACUUUUGGGUGGUUUAUCUUCUAAGGAAGCUGAGCUGCUGAAGGAUGGAUCACAUGCUGAAAAAUCCUGUAGCUGCCAUAAACAAGGUCCUGUAUCCAUUGAUUUGGCUAAGAAUGUGAGCUCAUCUGUUAGUGAAUCUGAUGUACCUAGCUCUUCAAAUCAACCUACUGCACAUGGUCCAGAAUCUCAACCAAAGAUGGAGACUGAAAUUGUACCUUCUUCUGCUGGGACAUCUAAGAGUCACAUGUUCAAAUUAGGUGACAGGGUAAGAUACAUCGGUUCAGCUUCUAGUGGCAUAUAUCCAGCAUCACCUCCUGCAAGGGGCCCACCUUAUGGCUGCCGGGGAAAGGUUGCAUUGCUAUUUGAAGAAAAUCCUUUGUCAAAGAUUGGUGUAAAGUUUGAUAAACCAGUACUUGAUGGUGUUGACCUUGGUGGUUUAUGUGAAGGAGGUCAAGGAUUCUUCUGCAAUAUCACUGAUCUUCGUUUGGAGAACACUGGUGUGGAAGACUUGGAUAAGUUACUCAUUAACACACUGUUUGAGGUGGUAGACAGUGAAAGCCGAAGUUCUCCAUUCAUAUUGUUUAUGAAAGAUGCUGAGAAGUCUGUUGCAGGAAAUUCAGAUGCAUAUUCCACAUUUAAAAGCAGACUGGAAAGGCUUCCUGAUAGAGUGGUUGCAAUUGGUUCACACACUCAUACUGACAAUCGGAAGGAGAAGUCACAUCCCGGUGGCCUGCUUUUCACAAAAUUUGGCAGCAAUCAAACUGCUCUGCUCGACUUGGCUUUUCCCGAUAGCUUUGGACGACUGCAUGAGAGAGGGAAGGAAGUCCCAAAGGCAACAAAACUUCUAACCAAGCUUUUCCCUAAUAAAGUAACCAUUCACAUGCCACAGGAUGAGGCACUUCUAGUGUCUUGGAAGCAUCAGUUGGAUCGCGAUGCUGAAACACUAAAAAUGAAGGGAAACCUCAAUCAUCUACGCUCUGUUCUUAGUCGGAGUGGGGUGGAAUGUGAAGGACUUGAGACCUUGUGCAUCAAGGACCAAUCACUCACAAAUGAAAGUGCAGAAAAGGUGGUUGGAUGGGCUUUAAGCCACCAUCUAAUGCAAAAUCCAGAAGCAGAUCCUGAUGCAAGACUUGUGUUAUCAUGUGAGAGCAUCCAGUAUGGGAUUGGAAUCCUACAGGCUAUCCAGAAUGAAUCUAAGAGCUUGAAGAAGUCACUUAAGGAUGUUGUAACAGAAAAUGAAUUUGAGAAAAGACUUUUAUCUGAUGUGAUUCCACCAAGUGAUAUUGGAGUUACAUUUGAUGAUAUUGGAGCUCUUGAGAAUGUCAAAGAUACAUUGAAGGAGUUGGUGAUGCUUCCUUUGCAAAGGCCGGAAUUAUUCUGCAAGGGUCAAUUGACUAAGCCUUGUAAGGGCAUACUUCUGUUUGGACCUCCUGGGACUGGGAAGACCAUGCUUGCAAAGGCAGUUGCAACUGAAGCUGGUGCAAACUUCAUCAACAUUUCAAUGUCAAGCAUCACAUCUAAGUGGUUUGGUGAAGGUGAGAAGUAUGUCAAAGCAGUUUUCUCCCUAGCUAGUAAAAUUGCUCCUAGUGUCAUAUUUGUUGAUGAGGUUGACAGCAUGUUGGGCCGGAGGGAAAAUCCAGGAGAGCAUGAGGCCAUGCGGAAGAUGAAAAAUGAAUUUAUGGUGAACUGGGAUGGCUUACGGACAAAAGAUACAGAAAGAGUUCUGGUGCUUGCAGCCACAAAUAGGCCUUUUGACCUUGAUGAGGCUGUCAUUAGAAGGCUUCCACGCAGAUUGAUGGUAAAUUUACCAGAUGCUCCAAACAGAGCAAAGAUAUUAAAAGUUAUACUAGCAAAAGAGGAUUUGUCUCCUGAUGUUGAUUUUGAUGCAGUUGCAAGCAUGACAGACGGAUAUUCUGGAAGUGACCUUAAGAAUCUCUGUGUAACUGCUGCUCACUGCCCAAUAAAAGAGAUAUUGGAGAAGGAAAAAAGGGAACGUGCUGCUGCAUUAGCAGAAGGUAAACCUGCUCCAGCUUUGAGUGGGAGUGAUGAUAUACGGCCUCUAAACAUGAACGACUUCAAAUACGCUCAUGAGCGGGUAUGUGCAAGUGUUUCAUCAGAGUCAGUAAACAUGACAGAGCUUUUACAAUGGAAUGAACUGUAUGGGGAAGGGGGUUCAAGAAGAAAGAAGCCUCUAAGCUAUUUCAUGUGAAGAAGAUGUCUGUACAAAUUGUUUAAUUGUCGGCUGUGCCAAAGUAAUUUUGCCACAUUCUUAUUGGGGGUGCCAUUUUGUGUAAAAUUAAGUAUUAUAGCGUCUUAAAAAGUUACAUACAGUUAAAAGUAAAAUUAUGAUGAUAGCUUGAGAUGUUUUGGUGUAAAGGAUGUGAUGUGAUGAUAAUGGUGAGGCAGGCCUUCUGAAGUUUUGAUUGCUGCA